AUGCCAAAGUACAUAAGUUAUUUAGAAGAAAAGAUUUUCUCCUUAUUAGACAUGUCGACUAAUGACAAUAAUUUACCACAUAAAGAAAGUUUAAUGCAUGAAAUAAAUGCCCUGUUCGCUCCACCAACAAAUGAAACAUAUGGUAGAAAGGGCUCACUUGGUCUGCCUCCAAUUCGUCGUGGACGCAAAAAUAUUGAAUCAGCUUCUACCAGCACAGAAACAAACACACCCAGUGUAGCUAGUCAACAACCACCUCGUGGUACAUUAGCUAAAAAUGAUCCAUUCUGGAAAAAACCACGAGCUAAUUGUCAUGAAUAUUGUGAUAGUUGUGGUUGUAUUGAAGGUGAACGACUUGUUUGUGAUCGAUGUCCAGCUAGUUUUCAUUUGGAAUGUUUGGAUCCACCUUUAGAUCCUGAUGAAGCACCUGUUGGUGUUUGGUAUUGUCAUCGAUGCUCAAUGCUGAUAAAAGAUGAAGAAGAUAAAGCUUCAACAUCAAGUAGUCAAACAACUAUUGCUACUGAAACAGGUUCCUCCUCACGUUCUGGUGGUAGAGGUGGUAAGAAACGCCAAAAAAAUCAUCCAUCUUCGUCUGCAUCUUCAUCCUCAUCAUCUUCAAUAUCAUCUUCAACAGCUUCAACAACAACAACAACAGUCGUCACUGUUGUCGGUGUACAAUCCAAUUCAACUGUUACAUCUGUCGUCAGUAAUAAUACCAGCAACGCGAGUAGUCAUAGUACUACUAUUAAUAGUAGCCAUUCUCUUCAUACACAAGGUUCAUUACAACAAUUUCUACAAUCUCAAAAAAGUAAACGUCAUUAUGCAUUUCGUUCAGCUGGAAGUGAACAAAAUAACCCGGUUGUUGGUGGUGGUAGAUCUAGUCGAUCUAGGACAUGGGGUGAUUCAGCUUAUGUUGCUGAUAUUGAAGAAUCUGAAUUAAGAUCAUUAUGGGAAGUGAUCGAGUAUGCUCAAUAUCAAAAUCCAAAAGAAUUUGAAUUGCCAAAAGAUUUAAUGCCUAGUGUAAAACUUCCUGGUUCAUAUAAAACUUUAACGGAACGGAAAAAUAAGGGUAUUAUUGAACUGGAGAACGGUAUGGUGCCAGACCCUAUAAGACGUUGUUAUGUUUGUAUUAAGACAUGUUUCUGUGCGCCUUUACUCCCUUGUGAUUAUUGUAAUGCAUGUUUCAUUUGGAGUGUUUGA